AUGGAUGACGCAUGGACUCAAAUAGCAUUUGGGUCUGGACCCUCGCCAGGGUGGUCACAAGUGACCAUCCCGCCGAAGGAAACGUUGCCGGCAAUAGGUGUCAACUCAACGUUGGCAAUAGAAACUCAGAAACAAACAGCGACCCUAAGAGGUGUAGCAUGCCGAACAAAUAAAGAAGCUGAGCACGACAGACCCGCUCAUGAAAUCUACAAGCCUGUCAACAUCUCACGCGACGUCAUACAUAUCGAGAACGCCAACGUCGUCUCCGCUCUCCGCCGCCUAAAAAUGUCGCCGUCGCUGCUUGAAGUCCUAUCGCGGCCGCGCUGUGUCCCGCCUGUGCGACUCGUCGGCGCCGUUGUUGUCGCGCAGGUUUCAUGUCGUGGACGAUUCACCAGCGGGAAUGAUGCCCACCGCCGAUCACCACUACCUGAGGUCCAGCGUCUGAAUCUCCACCACCCUUGCCUCGACGUCGCCCUCGACCGAACUCUCCAGAUGUCGAAGUCGCCUGAGAUAGAUUCGGCCAGUUCUCCACUGUCGGCGGUAGCUCGCUCCUCAUGCAGCCCCUUGUCCAUUGUCCACCGUUCCCAACGUGUUGACGUUGUCGUCCUCCUACCAUCCUCUGCCCGCCGACCGUCGCUGCGCACCUUUUCCCACCAGGUCGCUAGUGUUCUGCAUCUGAGACUGAGACGAGCUUCUGGCCGACAACCGCCAUUUUCAUUUUCAAAGCUCCGUAUCCUUGAGAACUGUUCUACUUCCGGUGUUACUUGUGAAGGUGCUAUUCUAGACGCCCCUUUUCUUGCUUGUACCAUGAUAGAAGCUGACAGUCAAAUAAUAAAACCUGAGAUGUUGAAGGCUUAUGUUUGGCUUCAAACUUCUGAUGGUUCAAUUCAGCAAGUGGAGCAAGAGGUUGCCAUGCUUUGUCCAUUUAUCUGUCGAGAAAUCCGUUCCGGCAUGGGAUCUUCUAAAAACUAUCCAAUUUCUCUUCCUUCGAGGGUUAAUCCUCCUACAUUGAGCCUGAUUUUUGACUACUGUCGGUUUCAUCAAGUACCAGGGCGCUCUAACAAGGAGAGGAAGACGUUCGAUGAGAAAUUUGUUCGAAUGUGUACCAAACGGCUUUGUGAGCUGACGUCGGCUGCUGAUAGCCUACACCUGAGGCCCCUGGUAGAUCUCACAAGUCGUUCACUUGCAAGGGUGAUUGAAGGGAAGUCCCCAGAAGAAAUACGAGAGAUAUUUCAUCUGCCUGAUGAUCUUACAGAGGAAGAAAAAUUGGAGCCUAUAAAGAACACUAUGGAUGACCCGAGGAUUCGGCUUUUGAAUAGAUUGUAUGCUAGAAAGAGGAAAGAACUAAAAGAAAGAGAGCAAAUAAAGAAUAUUGAAGUUGAAGACGAUCAUGAGGAUGAGCGCUCAGUUGAUGAUCUCUUGUCUUUUAUCAAUGGAGAUUCUAAGGCGACCAGAACUAGUAAACCUAAAAAGAAGAAUCGCAAGAGAAAAGAUCAUCAAAAGCCUGCUACUUCUAACCACAAUGUUACAUCAAAUAGCACCUCAUCCGUGAAAAAUAUUGCACAAACAAAUAAGGAAUCGAAUGAGCUUGAUUCAGUGUGCAGUAAUUCCAAAUUGCAUAAUCUUUGUAACGCCACAAAGCUGCUAGACAUCAAAGACGACAAAAUAGGACCUACUGACGAUGAGUUUGAUGUGUGUGAUUUGGAUGAUGAUAUUGACCCUGUGCUGAAAGAAAAAAUUGAUAGAGAAGUGGAGGACUUUGCGAGACGACUGAACUCAGGUUGGCCUGAAAGGAUUCAACAGCUUGUGUUUCUAGGUCCAGAGAGAAGGCAUUACGGUUGA